AUGAAUCGUCAUGAACGGAAAGGAGAUCAUUUGAAGUUUCCUCUACCAUCGGAACAAGAACCACCAAAAAUGGCAAGUCUAUCUGGAAAUGGCGCUGAACCCAAGUCUGGCUCAUCAUCUAAUGGCCUCAUUGCUGGUCGCGAUGAUCUUAAUCUUGGUCAGUAUAAUUUCUUGAGCUUCGGAUUAUGGCAACUGCUAAAGAUACGACAAGUGGAUCAUCCUGGACAUCAGUAUGGUAGAAAAAUCGCGAAACUGAUCAAGGAUGGAAAGGUCACCCAUAAGGAUAUUCAAAACGGUCUCGAUGAAAUUCAAGAGAGAGAGAGAGAGAGAGAGAGAGAGAGAGAGAGAGAGAGAGAGAGAUUGACACAAGAAUCUCUACUCCGAGCUGUACUCCAUGCUGUUCACUGCCUUCCAGUCCAUGAAGCUCAACGAAUUGUCAUAGAAGUCCUUAAGAAGGAUCUCCAAGUCAGAGAAUGGUUUGGGAGGUAUUGGGGCCCGGAAAUGAUGAGGAGUGGAAAUGAGAAUGAGCUGGAUCUUACGAAAUGUAUCAACUGGAUCAAGGAAUCUCACCUUUCAAGUCUCCAAAAAUUGAUUAGAAGUUUGAUAAUUGAUAAUGGUUUCAUUGAGAAAUCCUUGAAGAAGAAGUUGGUUGAACAGAAGGAUGGCAGUUUCACGAGUCGGGACUUCAGCCAGGAGUCUUUCAACACUCUCUGA